UGCUGCACUUCCAAAUAGUAUUUUCUGAAACGCAAUGCUUGGUCACACUGCGGUGCAAUCUUAUUUUAAAAAUGGAAGCCGAAGCAGCAGCGAACGAUUUGGGUGCAGAAAAUAAACCUAUAAAAUUGCGCACUGCAGUUUUAAGCGAUGUCGAUGAUAUCUCUGAUAUUGACAUUGAAGAAGCGGCCGAGGAAUUGCACAAAACAAUGACGGCUAAACCUGUCUACAACCGACGCCGCAGCAUUUUUAACACUACCCUCGAUUUGAAUGAGUCUCGCUGCUUGCCCGCCUCCCAAGCGUUAGACCAAUCACUCGCUAGCUUCAAGGCAUACGCAGAGAAAGAGAAGGCAACUUGGGAAACCUUCAGUACGAACAACAUCAAGAACACGGGCCAUUCAAAAGGAUCUCCUCAAAGUUCCUCCUCCUGCUACAAACCCAGCGCGGAGCAUCAGGCAUACUUAAGCAAGGCUCCCAAUCUGCACGCCUUCAUUCGCGGCCAUGGCAGUUUCAUGGACGACAGCAUUAGGUUUCUUAUGGAAUUCGAGGAAAUGCAGGAUGUCCAGGAGAGUCUCAAGCAGAGCUGUGUCUACCAAGUGCAAGAGUCCAAGAGGCACAACAUCAGCGAAUGCUUUGCGCGAAAUCGUGAUAGAAAUUCCCAUUGAAAUUUGUUGCACAUGCCUUCAAAAUCCAUUUUGAAAUUCAUUGUUACUACAAAAUUCACUCUUCAUUUUAAAGUAUAAACUCAUAGUAUUUAAAUAAACCUAAAAUAAUGUAGUCUGUUGAAAUAAAUUACCAAAUUGUAAUAAAA